UGAUUGGAUGCGGAAGUCUCAGGGUAUUGCAGGGUCAAGAGGCCGGGCGGCUGUGGGUCCGGGAGGCGGCGUGCGUCAGCUAAGAGAUGGAUGAAACAAAGGUCUCUCCAUUGAAGCACUUUGUUCAGGCAAAGAAAUCCAUAACGUCCAUCUUUGACCAGUUGGUACAAUAUGUCAGUGAGGGGGUGUUGUUCGUAGAAGCAACAUUUAAAAACCCAGAGUUAAGAUAUGUAACAACAAAUGAAGAUCUUCAUAAGAUACAGAGUUUUCAGACAAGACUGACGGGCAUUGGGGAAGUGCUUUCACGAAGACACAUGAAAGUUGCAUUCUUUGGCAGAACAAGCAGUGGGAAGAGCACAGUAAUUAACUCAAUGCUUUGGGACAAAGUACUACCAAGUGGAAUUGGUCACACAACAAACUGCUUCCUCAGUGUGGAGGGCACUGAUGGAGACAAAGCAUAUCUGAUGACUGAAGGCUCCGAGGAACAGAGGAGUGUCAAGACUGUUAAUCAGCUAGCUCAUGCCUUGCAUAUGGACAAGGAUUUGGAAGCUGGCUGCCUCGUACAUGUCUUCUGGCCAAAGGCAAAGUGCGCUCUCCUCCGAGAUGACCUGGUUCUUGUGGACAGUCCUGGAACAGACGUUACUACAGAGCUGGAUAGCUGGAUUGAUAAAUUCUGUCUGGAUGCUGAUGUUUUUGUACUCGUAGCAAAUUCAGAGUCUACACUGAUGAACACGGAGAAACAUUUUUUUCACAAAGUCAGUGAACGAUUGUCUAAACCAAACAUUUUUAUCCUGAAUAAUCGAUGGGACGCAUCUGCAUCUGAACCAGAAUAUAUGGAAGAUGUCCGUAAACAACACACAGAGCGAUGUCAGUCAUUUCUUGUGGAUGAGCUGAAAGUUGUAGAUUUGUCAGAGGCACAAAACCGCAUCUUUUUUAUUUCUGCCAAAGAAGUUCUAACUGCCAGGAUGAACAAAGCACAAGGAAAGCCAGAGACGGCUGGGAUUUUUGCUGAAGGAUUUGACACCAGGUUCUUGGAAUUUCAGAAAUUUGAAAAGCUGUUUGAGGAAUGUAUCUCGCAGUCAGCAGUGAAAACAAAGUUUGAGCAGCACACUAUCAGAGCUAAACAAAUAACAGAUACCGUGAAAGCUAUAAUGGAUUCUAUUAACGUGAGGUCAGCUGACAAAAGAAUUCAUUCCAUAGAAGAUCGAGAGUACCAGAUAGACAGGUUGGAGUUUGUGCAGGGUCAAAUGACAAUACAAGCUGAGGAUAUCAAGAGACGCAUAUUGCAUAUUGCAGAGGAAGUCAAUGCACAGGUUUCUACUGCCAUGAAGGAGGAGAUCUGUCACCUUUCUCUUCUGGUUGACAAGUUCAGUGAAGACUUCCACCCUUCUCCACAAGUUCUAAAGCACUAUAAAAACGAACUGAAUGCACAUAUAGAGAAAGGCAUGGGCCGAAAACUAGCUGAUCGUUGCUCUAGUGCAGUGAAUUCAUCUAUACAGAAUGCACAAGAAGACAUAAUAGAAAAGCUGAAGCCUUUGCUGCCCUCCAGUGUUGAAAAAGAAAUUUACACAUCCUUACCAUGUAGAAAGUUUGACCUCAGCUACAAUCUAAACUGUGAUAAGUUGUGUGCGGAUUUCCAAGAAGACAUUGCCUUUCGCUUUUCCUUUGGCUGGACAUCACUUGUUAAUCGAUAUCUGGGGGAAAAGAAUGCCCGCCUCUUAUUGGCAUUUGCAGAACCAACAUUACAGGUACCUCGGCCAGUCACUACCCCUUCUGCAAAUGGUAUGCCUGCUAUGUCACCCCAGUCUGCAACCCAGGAGGAGCUCAUGUUCUCAUUAAUGUCUGGCUUGGCAUCACUAACAUCAAGGGGGUCCGUGGGAGUCAUUAUAGUAGGAGGAGUGAUUUGGAGAGCUGUGGGCUGGAGGCUGAUAGCCGGUUGUUUAUUGGGUUACGGUGGAUUAUACUUGUAUGAGAGGCUAACGUGGAGCACAAGAGCAAAGGAAAGAACAUUCAAACAGCAGUUUGUAAACUACGCUGCCAAAAAACUGCACAUGAUUGUAAGCAUCACGAGUGCAAACUGCAGUCACCAAGUUCAAAAAGAGCUGGAAAACACUUUUAUCCAUCUAUGUCAGCAAGUUGAUAUCACAGAAAGAGAACUCAUCCAGUCCAUCAAUAACCUAACUGAUGAAAUAAAACAGCUGGAAGGGAUCCAGAGCAACUCCAAGGUUUUAAGAAAUAAAGCAACCCACCUCGAAGCUGAACUAGACCAGUUCAUCAAGACAUUCCUUAACCAGAGCAAGUAAAGUCACAGUAUGCAGUGGCUGAUGCCCAGCCAAGUUGGGAACAUGACUUGAAGAGCUAAGGGGAUACUGAACGUAUGCAAACUAGUUAUCCUUGUUAAUAUCCUCCUUUGUAAGUCUGCUCCAAACACAAGGAACUAUACACAGUGGAAUGAUCUAGACUUUUGGAACUGCAAGACAUGCAGUUUGAGAAAAUGGUACAAUAUGAAAAGUACUAGAAUAUCGAAUUGACUGAACUUUAAGAUUGUGUAUGAAGUGCACAAAAAUGUACAACGUAUAACAGUUACUAGUUUUGGCAGCCAUUGAUCUUCGUAUCAAAGAUCCAGUAUGGUUAUUGAUCAACUGAAUUUUUUUUUCGACCUAAAUUAAUAUGUAUGUAGCUGACCUAUAAAAGUUCUUAAAGUCCAGUCAUUCACGCAGGUUGAUACCAUUAUAUAAAUAGUUUUACUUUACUAUUUUCUUAGGAGACUUUUAUUAAU